AUGAGCGUGUCGACAGUGCGGCGGGGCUUUUCAUUUGACCCUGCGGCAGCGCUCACUGGCAAAGAGACAUAUCAGGAUGCGGUGCGUAUGGAGAUUCAGGCCGCGACACUCGAGGCAGCUGGGAAGAACAUGGAAUGUCUUCAACUGCUGGAGAAGGCACUGCAAGUUCGAUGCCAGGAGCGCCCAAUGAGCGCCACGAUGCCCAUGUAUAUUGACGAGGUCUGCGAUGCAGCGGAGCGUCUCAUAACAAAGACGAAUGCGUACGGCGUAAAGUGCUUUAAGGAAGACGAUUACGAGACGGCCUCCGUAUUGUUUGACUAUGGAAUGCAAAUGACGGAGGCUGACUCCUUCCCGCUGCGGGAAUCCGAUGAUCGGCGACGAUAUCUUCGGGGGGUGACGCUAAAUAACUACGGUUGUAUGGAGCGACGUCGUGGACACUUUUCAGAGGCUCUUUCAUUCAUGCAGCGUUCGAUGAAGUGCACGGGAGAGCAGUCGCCUGUGGCAUUUCUCAACAUAAGUGCCGUCCAGACGCAGUUGCGACUGUGCGAGGAAGCCGUGGAGAGUGCAAUGCGGGCGAUGCAGAAUCUUGGAUCCGCCCCCGAGGAAUCCACUCUGCUCGCCGCGGCGCACCACAACCUUGCCGUGGCUCUUGAACCACUUGACGCCACGCGUGCGCUCGAGGAAUAUCAAUCCGCGUUGAGCCUGGCGCAGCAGACGAUGGGGCUCACAAACGAGACGACAUUGGCGAUCGAACAAAACAUGAUGCGCUUCCUCCAGGCACACAAAAUGGUCGAGGCCGAAAGCUGCCGAGUUUCUACUGCAGGGCACAUUUUUAGAGGUUCCAUCUGCGGUGGAAGGUUGUCAGUGCACCAGGCGCGUCAGAAAUCCCCGUUGAGUCAAUCCAAGCACCCCGAGUUGGAGCCCAAAGACAUCUUUCCCCACCCCUUUGUGCUCAGCGCGGCAGAUCCCGUGGUACAACGAAAAGUUAAUGCGACACCCAUGUACCAUCCUCCACGGGUUCAACGGAGGUCCCCGGCGUUGUUGGCAUCGACAAAAAGACUCCCCUUAAAAAAGGAUGAGCCGGACCACACGUAUUCGCAGGUUCGAAAAGAUCAAAGUUUUGUUUCCCGAUCGACGCCGCCACGACGACAAGAAACCCAGCGAAGGCAGACUCCGCCGAAACCAUCCAGACUACCGCCUGUGGCAUCCUCUUUUCAGGGACCUGCGCGCAACUCCAAUUUCACGGCGCCAGCAGGGGAGAAUCGACAUGGUCAGGAGGGCGGUCGAGUUACGCCGAGGCAAAGCGCGGUGACACCACCGAUGAGAAAGUCAUCCACGAUUCCACUGCCCGGGAUUUCUUCGAACACCAAAGGUUUUGGCAACUCUGCAACCGGCAAGGGCGUGCCAGUUGUAAAAGGCUCUCACAAAGUUUCUGCACCUUUAUCCAAAACGCCUGCAAGGCCGACUGCGGCUAACCCGACGACUCCCCAGUUCAACAGACACUCCGAAAAUGCAGACAAUGUACGCAGCCCGUUGAAAAGACACCCUGCAAAUGCAGAUAAUGUACACAGCCCGUUGAAAAGACACUCCGAAAAUGCAGAUAAUGUACGCAGCCCGUUGAAAAGACACUCCGAAAAUGCAGAUAAUGUACGCAGCCCGUUGAAAAGACACCCUGCAAAUGCAGAUAAUGUACGCAGCCCGUUGAAAAGACACUCCGAAAAUGCAGAUAAUGUACGCAGCCCAUUGAAAAAACACUCCGCAAAUGCGGAUAAUGUACGCACUGGAUUCUCCAGCAGCAAGAUUUCCCCGAAGUACUCAAAGAAGGAUUCCAUCAUAACCAGCCCGGUGGACCGUGCAAAGCCAUUGGCCAGCUACGUUCCGUCUGCGGCACAAUCGAAAACACCCCGUUCUGUACCAACUCAGGCGAAGUCAGCCGUCCACGCGGAUGACCGAUCAAGGAAUCUGGGUACUGGAGUUGGUCACGCGAAGUCGGCUGCUGAGUCACCCGCAAGAGCAUCGGUUGCCUCCCGUGGCUUACCGCGCAGGGCGGAGUUGGACAGGGAGGGCAGGCCAAGCACGUACAGGGCUUCUCUAGAACGUUCCCCCACCGCCGCAGAAUCCGUACCUCGGGAGGGAAGAGCAUCUCGAGUGCGGUCGCUGGGGAAUAAUCUUAUUUCUUAUAUGGCGGAUCGCCUGGACAUGCUAUUGGUGGAUGAGGAGGAACUGGAGCGAAAACAGGCGAGUGCAUCGAUUAUUCAGCGCGCGUAUCGUGUUUACAGGGCUCGUAAGCUUUUGAAGGACAUGCGGGAGAAUCGCGGAAGCAAUAAUGUGCUGCGUGAAAUUAGAAGGGCGAUGGCGACUCGCAAAAUUCAGAGAUGGUUCCGAAGACGGUUACACGCAAGAUGGGGGACUCGCCGGCGUGUCGCAAAGCGGGAAGUUCUUGCCAGUGAACAACAUAAGGCGGCUAUACGCAUCCAGAGUAAGGCUCGAGGCUGGCUUGCACGACGCAAGUUUAGACGAAUAAAGAAUUAUGAAAAGAACUCCGGUCAUGCUGCACUUAAGGUACAGUCGUGGUGGCGGCAAAUUCUCGCAAAGAGGAGGUUGGCGACGCUGAAGAGACGGUACGCAAGCGCAAAAGCCAUUGCCGUUGAAAAGGAACGCCGUGAGCUCGCUGUCACAGUAAUACAGAGUCACUGGAGGAGACGAAGGGCAGAGCAGGAAACAAGAGUGGAGAGAAUGAAGGCCAGAGAGCUUCGACGUAGAAUUAAUGAGGCUCGCCGGCGAAACGCAGCUGAGAAAAUCAAAACUUGGUGGCGCCUGCUUGUUGCCCGCGCGGAGCUUCAGCGUCUGAGGGAGGCACAAGCGGCCCGCGAGGCGCGUCUUCGAGAGCACCAACGGAAGAUUGACGCGGCGACAAAGCUCCAGGCAUUUGGACGGAUGCUCAUCAUAAAGAGGGAGGCGGAGCCACUGCUGACAACGGCCCGCUUGAAUGCGGCCCGCGCCAUUUGUACAAGAGGUGCGGAAUCUCAGGCGGCGUCGAAGAUUCAACGCGCCUUCCGGGGCUACCACGCCAAGCGGCAGCUCAAGAAACUUCGCAGAGAACGCCGAAGAAGGCUUGAAGAGGCGCGGUGGGGUGCCCUUGUGACGGUUGUACAGCGGGUUGGUCGCGGCUUUCACAUCCGACAGAAACUUGGCCGCACUCUGCGAGAGAUGAAGUUGGCGGCGAUUGAGUUCUGUCAGAGAGAGCGGGCACUUGAACUGGCGGAUCGCGCGCGGGAGUCGACUUUUUCUGAGCCUGAACCAGCGAUGAUUUUUACGGUUCGGGAAGAGUGCAACGCUCCAGCGCUUUGUCAGCCCCUUGCCAAUGUUUUGGAAGGGACGGAGACGCUUCUUCCCGUCUCCGAUUCGCUUUCUAAAGAUGUAAAUAACAUGGAAGAAAUCCCAAAGGAAUUGGGCGCUGCAGUGCCUGAUACAAAGAAAAUUAUUAGAAUGGAGGAGACUCCAAGGGAAGAACACAGUACAGAUCUAACUGAGGCAGUGCAGACACACCGACAGAAAUGGGAGAUAUGUCAAGACGGAGGAGUGCAGAAUGAAUGCCCGGAGAUGACAGCUGAUGAAGGAAAACCUUUUGGUCCGCAGAAAGCGGACGUUCUGCUGAUGAAAGUUGAGGGAGGAAAUGAGACGCGGUCAAAGGUUUCGAAUGUGUUACAGUAUCAAUCUGGAGAAGAAGGAGUCUUUCCGACCGUCCCCUCAGCUGUCUCUGAGGAAAUGAAACACGAAGAAAAGGCAGAAGAGGAGCCAUUGCAAGAACAGGGGAAGACGGAGCACUCAGAAACUGAAUUUAUUCGCGAGGAGGGGGAGCGGCUAAAGAGACUUUCGGCUGCCAUCUGCUCAUGGGAGGAAGAAAAGCUACGGGAAUUGGCAAAGGCAGAAGAGGAGCCAUUGCAGGAACAGGGGAAGACGGAGCACUCAGAAACUGAAUUCAUUCGCGAGGAGGGGGAGCGGCUAAAGAGACUUUCGGCUGCAAUCUGCUCAUGGGAGGAAGAAAAGCUACGGGAAUUGGCAAAGGCAGAAGAGGAGCCAUUGCAAGAACAGGGGAAGACGGAGCACUCAGAAACUGAAUUCAUUCGCGAGGAGGGGGAGCGGCUAAAGAGACUUUCGGCUGCCAUCUGCUCAUGGGAGGAAGAAAAGCUACGGGAAUUGGCAAAGGCAGAAGAGGAGCCAUUGCAGGAACAGGGGAAGACGGAGCACUCAGAAACUGAAUUCAUUCGCGAGGAGGGGGAGCGGUUAAAGAGACUUUCGGCUGCAAUCUGCUCAUGGGAGGAAGAAAAGCUACGGGAAUUGGCAGCACUUGAGCAGAGGCUGGCGGAACGGGAGUUGCGCAUAGGCACUCAAAAGCUCGGGGACUCCGACGCCGCCGUGGACGUAUCCGGGACAGGGUCAUGCGUAACACCAGAUGCUGCAGUGUGUCGUACGUCUACACCGGAAUCAUCAUCCACACCUGUGCAUAUGCCCUUGUCCACGUUGGCGCCGACAUCUUCACGGGAGGAGGGAGCUCGGAAGUUGGGCAGCUUAGAGGAGGCGUUGGCCAUUGAACGAGAGAAAAGACGGUGCGCUAUGGCGAAUGAGAAACGUCUUCGCGAGGCACGUGAUGCAAUUUGCAUAAAGGCGAAUGAAUACCGUCUUCGGAAAAUUGCCGCGGCUGAGAGCCCCGAAGAAUUGAAGUCACUCGUCCCUCACCCACCUCUUACUCGCCGCCGGAAGGAUUUGAGGACACCCACACCGACUUACCCCGUCCCUUCAUUAACGGAUCUGCAAAUACGGCGGGAGCAGCAAGCGUGGAAUGCGGAGAGGAAGAAGGAAAUGGCUGCCUUGAACAUCACUCGUGUGGCGCGCGGCUAUCUUUGUCGUCAGUACUUUAGGGCGUUGAAGGCAAUAAUGAUGGAAUACGUGGAGUACAGGUUGGAUAUAGAUAGAGAGGAACCUCCCGUGCUGGAUCACGAAUUGCUGGACCGUUUUACCAGGAGGUACCGAGGAGAGGUGGAGCAGGCGCGUCUUGAGCGGUGCAUUACCACCACACAGGCAUUUACGCGUGCUGCGGGAAGUGUGAUUAUGAUUGCCAACCGCAUGGGUGUUCUGAAAAACCCGCAAGCUAUUUCUUCAACGGCCCAUUAUCUUGAUAAUCAUUCCAUGACGUCAUUGAAGGGCUUCUUGCGUAUUGUUUUGGCGAAGAAAGAGAUUGCAGCUCGUAAGCAGGCUGUACAUGGUGCUUUGCAUCAAUUGAGGCAAGUCGAGGCCACUGCCACGCUGAAUGAUUUUGCAUGUGUGGUACAAGCCAAAACUGAUCGUAUGGCACGUGGUCGGGCAGUUCGUGAUUAUUUACAAGAAAUGGAGGAUAGGGAUGCCGUUCAGAUGAGGGCCGUCGACAAAAUUGUAAGCUUUUUGCUUUCAUUGGCGGCAACAAAGGAGCUUUCUCUCCGUAAAAAAGCAUUUAGGGAACGCGUUCAAACUGAGGAGGCCGCCAGAAAGGUGCUUUCGUUUAUGCAGAUAUGUCACGCCAAAAAACAAUUAUGGAGGCUACGGUUGAUGGCAGGGGAAAAACGCACGAUGGACACCAAUGCCGAGGAAUUCCUGGAGCAUGCGGCGAUGCAGGUGCAGCGUGCGUACCGCUCUUACAGGGCACGCCGACUGGCGGAGGAGCAGCGUAAUGCGAAAGAGAAGUACUGGAAUACCAUACAAGCACAGGAAGAGGAGAUUACGGCGGCCAUGACUGCCAUUGCUGCAGAUGCGGCUGAUCCGACGGAGCUGUGGGCUAGCCUUGGCUGCCCCGUCUCUGGGGAAGUGGCGUCGGAACCGGACUCGGAUGUGGAGGAGUUGGUGCGGUGUGUGGUUCUGGUUCAACAGUGGGCACGAGGCUGGAUUGCGCGGCGGCGUGUAAAUGAACUUUGUCAACGACAUGAACGGAUAUUCUCAAACUGUGGGAAGCAGGAGGAGGAUGAAACUUCUGGCAAUGAAAGUGAUCAUGAAGCGUAG